UGGGAAAUGGAAAAAUACCGCAGCUUCACAAAAGUAGACAAUGGGUUAACAGCUGGUUAUGGGAAGUUUGUGAAGCAUACUUUUGGGCUGUCAUCUGGAAAAGGGAAUUACAUAUUUAAUUUCUAAUUAAAUUGAUAAAGGGCAAUAGCAAGAUGAUAUGAGUUAGUUUAUAAAGAAUAUAAAAAAAUAUUUAAUAUUCAAGAGAUCGUAUAUAUAAAUCCUCAGUUUCUAUAACCUAGUAGGCACUUCGUUUUAGCCAAAAGUACUUUUUAUUUCCAUAACACUCACAGACACCCUAGCGUAGAGUAGUGUAUAUCAGAAUAAAUUUGUAUUCGAAUUACCAAAUCACAAAACAAAACUAAACACAAGAUGUCGACCGUCUCCAAGCCAAAGGAACUCCUUACAUUAAAAACCAACGAUGGCAAGAUUUUUAAAGUGGACGAAGUUUUGGCCUUACAGAUGUGCCCAGUUCGGGAUUUGUUAAUGCUGGAGGAAUGGAAAUCUUUGUACACAGAGGAUGCUAUUCCCCUGCUGCGGGUCAAUUCUAGAAGCCUUAGUUUCAUCAUCAAAUGGUGGUCAGCGAUGGUGGACAAGAAGGAGACCACUGCUUUGCAAAUUCUCAAAGACCUGGUUUUAAAAAAAAAUAUGGUGGACUAUCAAUUCCUUAUGCAACUCGUUAUGGCCUCAAACUAUUUGCAGAUGGAUGACCUUUUGAAAGCUUCCAGCCAACUACUGGCAGAAGUACUAAUAUCCUGUGGCUCCGUUGAUAACAUUCGCCAGAAUUUCAAUGUGCCAUCUGAUUAAGUCAAGGAAAUGGUUCGUAAAAUUAAUAAUAAGUUGGAAAACUGGACAGAUAUCUACCUUUUGUUUUAAAAACGGAGACUACAAUCCAUUAAGUGAUUAUUUAAAAUUAUUUGUUUAUUAAAUUGUUUUCCCCGAACUGCUAAAAAAUAAAGAAUAAACCACUUUUCUCUAGAGAAA